AUGCCUGCUUCAAAAACUUCACCAGCUGAUGUGAUUGCACAAAGAUACGAUAAUAUCAUCAAAUCAAAUGAGGAUAAGCGAGAAUAUCGGGGAUUGGAGCUGACAAAUGGUCUUCGGGUUCUUUUGAUUUCAGAUCCGAAAACAGAUAAAAGUGCGGCAUCAUUGGAUGUUAAUGUGGGACAUCUAAUGGAUCCAUGGAAUUUACCUGGAUUAGCACAUUUUUGCGAACAUAUGCUUUUCUUGGGGACUGAUAAAUACCCGUCAGAGAAUGAAUACAGUAAAUUCAUAUCAUCGCAUGGUGGAGUAACAAAUGCUUAUACAGCUACUGACCAUACGAAUUACCAUUUCGACAUUGCUCCUGAACAUCUGAAUGGUGCCUUAGAUAGGUUCGUGCAAUUUUUCUUAUGUCCACAAUUUACGGAAAGUGCUACCGAACGCGAAGUGAGAGCUGUUGAUUCGGAAUUUUCCAAUGGUCUUUUUAACGAUCAAUGGCGCAUGUUGCAAGUUGAACGAUCACUAUCGAAACCUUGCCAUGAUUAUGGCAAAUUUGGUACUGGCAAUCAUACAACACUUAUGGUUGAAGCCUUAAAAAAUGGAAUUGAACCACGUAAAGCUCUGUUGAAAUUCCACAAAACAUAUUACUCAUCGGAUAUAAUGUCAUUCGCCAUUUUGGGGAAGGAGUCACUGGACCAGCUAGAGCAAAUGGUUGCAUCACUCAGUUUUGGAGAUAUUGAAAAGAAGAAUGUAUCGAGGAAAACUUGGAAUGAAGGACCGUAUGGUGAGGAACAGUUGGGAGUUAAAGUUGAGCUAGUACCCGUGAAAGACCUGCGGUACUUAACUCUGACAUUUCCGAUUCGCGAUUAUCGAGAUGAUUACCGAUCUUGGCCUGCUCAUUAUGUUUCGCACCUGAUAGGUCAUGAAGGUCCAGGAUCACUGUUAUCUGAGCUGAAAAGACGUGGUUGGGUUAAUUCAUUGUCAGCUGGUGAUCGACUUUUGGCUAGAGGAUUCGGUAACUUCAGCAUAUCAGUGGAUCUGAGCGAACAAGGUUUGUUGCAUACCGAUGACAUUGUUAAGCUGGUGUUCAAUGAAGUAGGUUUAGUGAAGCAAGCUGGCCCACUGAAAUGGAUUUUUGAUGAAUUGAAGCAGUUACAACAAAUUAAAUUUCGUUUUAAGGAUAAAGAAAAUCCAUUAAAUUAUGUUACGCACAUUUCCUCAGAAUUGCAACGGAUACCGUUCGAAGAUGUAAUCUGUGCGGAUUAUAAAAUGGACUUAUACAAACCAGAUUUGAUAAAGGAAUUAAUCGAACAAAUGAGACCCGAAAAUAUGUUUUAUGCAGUUAUUUCACAGGAAUACGCAGGCAAGAAGGGUAAUAUAAAAGAAAAAUGGUAUGGAACAGAAUACAGCAGUACGAAAAUUGAUAAGGAAGUUUUGUCGAAAUUUAAUGACGCACUAACUCAGACACCAGAUUUCCUUAGCUUACCAGUCAAAAAUGACUACAUUGCAACCAAAUUUGAUCUGAAACCGCGGGAAGAAAUCAGAAAAAUACCAUAUCUUAUCGUGAAUAACAAUUGGUGUCGAUUAUGGUUUAUGCAAGAUAACGACUUUGAUCUACCGAAGCUGAAUACUCGUAUAGCUUUCAAAUCACCGAUGAUGCAAUCAGAUCCGUUGAACUCUUAUCUCUCUGCAAUGUUCGUCAUCUGCUUACAGGAUGCAAUCAGUGAAGAAACUUACAAUGCACACCUUGCUGGCUUAAAGUCAUCAUUCGAUUUGCAGUCUUAUGGCAUUACUUUGCAUGUAUCAGGUUAUGAUGAGAAGCAGCCGAGAUAUAUCAAUGAUUUGAUUCAGCGGUUUAUCACUUUUGUGCCAGAUGAGGAACGAUACAAGGUUUUGAAAGAAACGUUUUGUCGAAAUUUGCGAAAUUUUCGUCAAAGUCAACCAUAUAUGCAGUCUCAUUACUAUACUACGUUAUUGCUUGGUAGCCGACAAUGGAGCAAGGAGGAAAUAUUGAGUUGCGCUGAAAAUUGUCGGGUUGAAAAGUUGCGAAAAUUUGUACGUGAAUCUCUACAAGCUCUGCAAAUUGAAGCGCUUAUUUAUGGCAAUAGCACUGAAAAAGAGUCUGCCAAAAUUCUCGAUGAGGUUGUGUCAAAGUUCAAAGAACUUCCGGACGCGCGAUAUCUCUUCGGUAGUGAAUUGGAUCAAUGUAGAGAGCAUGAAAUUCCAAAAGGAUGCCAAUACGUAUACAAGGCAUUUCAGCCAACACAUCCAAAUGCAUCCGUCAAUUAUGUUAUGCAAACAGGUCAGCAAGAUACCCGAGAAAAUGUUUUGCUGGAAUUAGUCGUGCAGUUAGCCGCUGAACCUGCUUUCAAUCAACUGAGGACGACGGAACAAUUAGGUUAUAUUGUUCACACGGGAGCUAGGCGAAAUAAUGGUGUUCAAGGAAUCGAAUUAUUGAUUCAGGGACAACAAAUUCCGGAAUUUAUGGAAGAAAGGAUCGAAAAUUUUCUCAUGAAGUUCAGGUCUGAUCUCGAAAAAAUGCCAGAUGAUGAAUUCCUGGACAACGUUGAAGCACUUGCAACAAAACGUCUCGAAAAGCCAAAGACAAUGAAAGCUCAGGCGAGCCGUUAUUGGGCUGAAGUUGACAGUGGAUUUUAUUUAUUCGAAAGAAAUGAUAUUGAGGUGCCCAUACUGCGAAGGCUAACUAAAGCAGAUGUUAUUGAAUACUUUGACAAACAUUUUGCGGCGAAUUCCCCGGAAAGACGAAAACUUUGUGCAAUGGUUUAUGCUAAUAGCGAAACUGAAGAAACAGUUUCGAGGCGUGAAUGUAAUAAUUCCGGCGAUACAGUACAGUCUCCUGAACGGAUAAAUGACAUAAGAGUAUUCAAAUCUCGUUUAUCACUUUAUCCGUUACCGCAACCAGCGGUCAAUAUUAAUCCACAUGCUUCGGAAGAGAAAAAAUACAGCCAAUAA